GGACGCCCGCCGCCUUAGCGGCCGGCACCUGCAGCCGUCGGAUGGGUCCGCUGCCUCUGAGCCCGCCCGCAAUGCUGCCUCUGCUGCUGCUCCUGCUGCUGCUGGGACCCGGACACGCCGCUUCCCAGAGGUCACACGUGCACCGGCGUGGGCUUCUAGAACUGGCAGGGACCAUGAACUGUGUUGGCAGCCGCAGCCCCCUGUCCUACAUAAGCUAUGGAUGCUACUGUGGUCUGGGAGGCCAUGGCCAGCCCCGCGACGCCAUCGACUGGUGCUGUCAGCAGCAUGACUGCUGCUACGAGAAGGCGGAGCAGGCUGGCUGCAGACCCAAGACCGAGCGCUACUUCUGGCAGUGUGUCAAUCAGAGCAUCGUGUGCGGACCCACGGAGAACAAAUGCCAGGAGCUCUUAUGCAAGUGUGACAAGGAGAUUGCUUACUGCCUAGCCCAGACUCACUACAACUUAAAGUACUUAUUCUACCCCCGGCUCUUAUGUGAGAAGGACUCGCCCCAGUGUGACUGACUAGCCUAACUUGGAAUGUUCUUUCACAUAAGGAAAUAAAAACUUUUUUCACUCAUCAA